AGCAAGAGAGAUUGUUAAAAAAGACCUAGAGAAAGCAAGGGAAGGAGGCGACAUCUGAGAGCCCUGGGUCAUCCUACCCCAUCCAGCCUCUAUCAUUGCUGCUUUGUUCCAUAUUUAGCUCCUGACAACUGUGCCUAGUGCAGGAACUCCCAGCUCUGUUUUUCCCUCCUCCCUCGGCUGUCUCCUCUCCCUUAGAGCUCUCAGAAAUUGCUCUUUCUUUUUCCCCGUGGCCAUAAGCUAAUACCCCUGUACUCAAGAAGAUGGCAGAAAAGCAGGAGGAGCCCAGCAACGCCCAGAAUGGUGAACCUGACAACGCAGAAGAGGGCGAGGAAAAAAAGAAGAAGAAGUUGAGGCGGGAAGACCUGCCACCGUUUGAAAUUGUGACAGGGGAACGCCUCCCAGCCAUGUUUUUCAAAUUCCAGUUCAGGAAUGUGGAAUACAGCUCAGGCAGGAACAAAACCUUCCUGUGUUAUGUUAUUGAGACCCAAGGCAAAGAGUCAGUGACUUCUCGGGGUUACCUGGAAGACGAGCAUGCGGCCGCCCACGCAGAAAUGGCUUUCUUCAACACAAUUUUACCAAAGUGUGAAUCAAACCUCCGCUACAACAUCACCUGGUACGUCUCUUCCAGUCCCUGUGUGACCUGCGCCGAUCGGAUAACCGAGAUGCUAAAGAAGAACAAGAACCUGCGUCUGACAAUCAUGGUAGGGCGCCUCUUCAUGUGGGAAGAGCCAGAAAUGCAGGCUGCCCUGAAAAAAAUGAAGUCAGCUGGCUGCAAGCUGAGGAUUAUGAAGCCUCAAGACUUUGAGUAUGUCUGGCAGAACUUUGUGGAACAGGAGGAAGGAGAGGAAGCAAAGGCUUUCGUGCCAUGGGAGGACAUUCAAGAGAACUUCCAGUAUUAUGAGGAAAAGUUGGCUGAGAUUUUGCACUGAAGCUCACGACCAAUUCAGAAAGGAUCCAUGAAGAGAGAUGCAACAGACUCGGACAUCUGGCACACUCCCGCUUUCCAAAGCUUUGAUUCCAGCAGGAUGGAGUACCAACUCCUGGAAGACUAGACUGAUGGACUACAAACACAACACAGAUCUUUGGUGUUUGGGAUUUCUUUGUUUUAUUUUGUUCCUUCCUCCCCACCCCAAACAAACCCAUGCUGCCUCUGCUGAUAGGAAGAAGAGAAGGCAACAACAUACUGUGUGAUUGAAAGCCAUGGAUGAGAUGGAUUGCAGUGGACCUACAGGAAAGACUGUAGGCCUCGCAUACUGAGACUACUUUACGAGAAAAGACCUUA